AUGGGGACAGAGCGCGGACUCAAUCCUGGAGGCUCCAGCAGCAGCAGCAGCAGUCCUGUCCUUCAGCAGCAACAUCGUCAUCAGCAGGAGCAAAAACAACGCCAGGAGCAUCAUCAGCAUGAAGCCCAUCAACAUCAUCAACAGCAGCAAAAGCAUCAUAAAUCCCAGCAGCCUCAACAGCAACAUCAUCAACAGCAGCGGCAGCCUCAACAGCAGCAAAAGCAUCAUCAGCCUCAGCAGCAGCAGCAUCAGCCGCAGCCACCUCCGUUACGCGCCGCACCGGCGUUAGGAACAGGGUUGGCACCGGGCUUGGAUUCGCAAUUGGGACCGGCACUCGACACCGAUUUGCCUCCAGGGCCCGCGGAGGGCUCCGGGCUCGCCCCGUCUCGCCUCCUGCACAGCCCCUCCACGCCCGGCCUGGCGUUCUUGCGCGCCGUGGCUGGUACGGAACGCUUUCCGCGCACGCCCAAGUGCGCGCGGUGUCGCAACCACGGCGCCGCGUCCCCGCUCAAGGGCCACAAGCGAUACUGCCGCUGGCGCGACUGCUCGUGCCCCAAGUGCGCCCUCAUCGCCGAGAGGCAGCGGGUGAUGGCCGCGCAGGUGGCGCUACGGCGACAGCAGGCGGCCGAAGAGAGCGAAGCUCGGGGUCUCCACCGCCUUCUCUACGGUGCGGUCGGUGGUGGUGGUGGUGGUGUCAAUGCCGUUCACUCUGGUAUUGGGCAGCAGCUGCAGCAGCAGCAGCAAGGGGCGAUGGCGUUUCAUUCAUUGCAUGGAUUUGCGACGGCCGCAACGGCUGGGGCGAUGGGAUUCGGGGUGCUGGGGAAAGAGGCGGCCGCGUCAAUGAGCCGGCGAGAAGCGGUGGUGGUGGUGGAGGAGGUGGAGGAUGAGGGCGGCGAGGAGAUGGUGGAGGAAGAGGCGGAGGAUGAUGAGGAGGUGGUGGACGACGUGGGUGUUGAGGAUGAAGAGCCACGCAAGGAGCGUGGCUGCGCUGGGCGUGCGGGGCACGGCCCGCAACUCGGCAACGACGGGACCCAGGUGAUUGUUGCUCAAGCGGCGAGUCCAGGUAAGAGAAACCUCGUGUGUUAUAAUAAUAAUAAUAAUGAUGAUUGUUACGACUUUAAAAAAAUAAUUAGGAAUCAGUCCCUCCAAGGCAACGCACGGACCGCGCCGGCUACCCGCGCCACCCUCCCGCGCAACGCCCGCCCGAGUUUGACUCCUCCGACCCCGCCGCCACCUGGCGCCUGCCGCCCACGGUCCCCGCGGGAAAUGCUGCGCCGCGUCUUCCCCGAGGAAGAUCCCGGAUUCCUCGGGGCGGCGCUGGCCGCGUGCGGCUGGGACGUGGUGCGCGCCAUCGAGACCCUGGUGGCACGGGAAGGGAGACGCGGGGCGUCGCGUCGAGAGGGAGCCGCGGCGUCGGCGUCGUCGGCAGCGGUGUCAUCGUCGUCGGCAUCGUCGUCGGAAUCUUCAUUGGCAGCGCAUCACCCCGGCGGCCCCCUGCUGCACGCAGCAGCGGUAGCCGCAGCCGCGUUGCAGCAGGGCGGGCACCAGCAGCAGCACCAGCAGCAGCAGCAUCAGCAGCAGCAAGGUCAUCAUCAGCUGGCCGGGAGACCCGUGACGCAUUACAGCCACGCGGCCGCUUACACUUACGGCUUGUACGCGGCUCUGCUGCAGGCUGAGAAGGGGAAGCAGUGA